AUGGAUCUUGGAUGUGGAAUAGCAUAUUGCAGGGAAGAGAUCUAUUGGAAAAUAAAGGAAGAAGAGACCAGCGAACAUGCCCUGCUUUUAUGCGACUGGACAAGAGCGGUGUGGUUUAGUUCUCAGCCACAAUGCAUCCCCUUGAAGGAGAACGUAAAAUCAAUAGGAGACUGGCUCCAGCAGAUGUACAAGAAUGGUAAGACGGCAAAAAAUAUGCAAGUUUACAACUACAUAGAACCUAACCCAGAACUAGUUAUUAACCAAGAAAGAAAACUAGAACAAAAGUAUAGUAGCCAUACAGAGGAAUUCAACAACAAAGUAAUGGAACCAAGCAUAAGAAGCAAAGUACCUGUUAAAUGGAGACCUCCACCACAGGACUGGCUCAAGUUGAAUACAGAUGCGGCCUUCUCAGACGAAACCAAAACAGGUGCAACAGCUGCAGUGAUCAGAGACUACCAAGGGAACAUGCUAGGAGGAAUAGUUAACAAAAUCAUAGCUCGAUCAACACUGUCAGCAGAAGCACAAGCGAUUAGAGAAGCUAUAAUUCUGGCCAACAACCUAGGAAUUCAAAAAGCUACCAUUGAACAAUCAAUUACUAGUUCAAACUCUCAAAACAAGAAGUACAAUUUGGGAGGUAGAUCCAAUAAUCCAGGACAUCAGAACAAUCCAAAGAAAAAUGUCAAAUUGUGGUUUUACCUGGAUGCCUCGUGA